AUGCUGGCGCAGGACCAUGUCAAGCUGAACCGGUACCACACGCUCAGCGACUGUGAGAACGAUAGAGAUAUUCUAUAUCACGGUGCCCCAGUGUCUGGGAAGUGCUACGAACUAAACGACCAGGCCGGCCCUUUAGUUACAAUAACAGAGGUUUCUGGCAGUCUUGCUGUAAACACAAACUACGACAAACACGGGUGUGAUGGUACUUGA